AUUAUCAAUUUUGUGAUAAGUCAGCGUUUCGACGAAAAUACAAAUUUUUCUUGGGUUUACUUUUGCUUACGAUUUAUCGUAAAUAUUCAUGCUAUGAUUUUAAAGAACAAAAUGUAAUUUGACGUUGUAUGUGAUCGUGUCUUGAAUAAUUUUUAAUAUAUAACGUGAUAUUGUUAGUGCUCGUCAAGUUUACAACAAUUUUAUGAUGUCUGAACCAAACAAUCCAUUCGCUGGGCUAUUAGGGGCCUCUGAAGUAUCGUCGACAAUUGAAUCCCCUCGUGUUGAGGACAAUGCUGCCUUUCCAGCUGCCUCCAAAAUACCGCCCGGCGCUGAAGAAAUCGAAACAAUAAAUAACAUUGUCGAAAACGUUUUCCACUUUACAAUUAAUCCUAAAGCCGCAGAAUAUCCAGGUGGAGAGAGACAACUAGUCUUUUUAGAGGAACUAGCAGAAGCAACUAAACCACAAGUGUAUUUGGAUUUAGAAGCCUUAGAGCAGGCUUUGUUUGAAAGGCUACUACUCACAGACGUUGAAUCAAGUGUAAUACCGAAAACAUGCAAGGUUUACCAAGAACAUGUUAUACAAAAGCAGAUUUUUCCAUACUUGUUUAGCUCCAUUCAGAAUUUACAAAGUUAUGAGCAAGUAUCUUCCCCAGUUGUGAAGACAGCUGUACAAAAGAUGAAGGAGCUCAUAUUCAGAAAUGCUGUGACCGCUCUUAAGCAACCAGCAUUAUUUGAAGGGCAAGAUUUUUCUAUACAGCUUGUGGAACUUUUACAGCAUGUUGACCCUCAGUGUCACACAUUUUUCUUAGACAUUGUGAAAGCAUUUAUGUCCGAUGGUGAUCCGAAUUCUCAAGAACAGUUGCGAGAAACAAUGAUACCUGUAUUAAAAAGAAUACACAUAGAUGUAAACAAAUCAAAUCUUAUUAAUUUACCUAUUUACGUACUGCCAUCUAUUCACCUAUUUGCUGCCAAUCAAUGGUUAGCCCCCGUUUUAUUAGAAGCCUGUGAACCCAAGAAUGAGACCAAUGGCAGAUUCUACCAGGAUUCCGUCAUUGGUGCCUUACUGAGCCUCUCAGUUUUACCAAGAAAUGCAUCAUUACCACACGAUUUCUUUGACAAUCCUAUGGAUCAGGCAGCUACAUCUAUGAUAGAGACCUCAGUUUGGAAUGCGUCUUCCCACCUAACAAAUUAUUUGCAUAGAAUAUUCUUAACCAUACUCAAAGGUGGCCCGCAUUUGAGGAAUAGGCUGCUAUCUUGGAUCGGAAAGUGUUUAAAAUCAAAUGUUGGUAGAGGAAAACUUUGGAAUGUUCAGCAUGGGGAAGUGAGUGCGGCAACUCUAAGCACAGUGUCGGAUGGUUUCAUGCUUAACUUAGGAGCUGUGUUGCUGCAGCUAUGCCAACCAUUCUGUAACUCAGCUGAUGAUCCGAAGGCACUCAAGAUUGACCCUACAUAUGGUGCUGUAUUGCCUCAAGAAUGCGUGGCCAAAUCAGUGCAUUUAGACUGCCUACACAGUGAGACUUGUUUACUGCCAUCCAGAGUGACAGAAGAUGAUCAGCCUGUCAAACGGCCAACGGCUGACACAUACAACUUUGUCACUGAGUGCUUCUUCAUGACUCAGAAGUGCAUUGAUUUGGGUGUUCGUGUAUGUGCUGAGAAGCUAUGGCGGUGUGGUCAAGAGCUGGGACAGGCUCAGCGCGCACUGGCAGACGUGGCGGCCGGAGCGCAUCACCUCGUCGAGCCCAUGAGGCAGAGGGCACAUCAUCUUAUGUCCAAAUUCGUAAGCCUCCGCUGCGCGUUACUCGAGAAGGAAAUGCUGACGAACCUCAAUCGUCUACAAGCGACGACUUGCACGUGGCUCGUGCAAGUGGCCGUGAGAGCAGACCCUGAGGCGCCGCAGUCCUGUUACGCGCCCAUGAGCAUGGUGCCCAUACAGAUGCCUGUUACUACACCGCCGCCUGAUACUUUAAGAUGUGUCCCAGAGUUCGUGCUGGAAAAUGUGGUGGUUCUGAUAACGAUGGCUCGGCGUACGUCGUCCGCCAUCACGGAGGAGGCGGACGUGGCCAGCGUGCUGCGGCCCGCGCUCACGCUCGUGCUCACCUUCAUGGGCGACUCCAGCCGCACUUACAACCCUCACCUCAGAGCUCGACUAGCGGAAUGUCUCGAAGCGAUGUUACCGAAUCACCCAGAUGACCAGCAACCACUGAGCAGCUUAGCGUCCUUUUACAGAGAACAGUUGUUCAAGGAACAUCCACAUCGAUUGCAGCUAGUGCCCUGUCUACUGGACGUGUUCGUGGGCAUAGAGAUGACGGGCCAGAGCGUGCAGUUUGAACAGAAGUUCAACUACCGCCGCCCCAUGUACCUCGUCAUGGACUUCCUGUGGGCUAUGGAAGAACAUAGAGAUGCAUUUACGCGAUUAGCGAAAGAGGCCGAAGCUAACAUGGAGGCCGUACACCCACCGAUAUUCCUGAGAUUUGUGAACCUUCUCAUGAAUGACGCCAUCUUCUUGCUCGACGAAGCGCUCGGGAAUAUGGCACAGAUACGUACCAUGCAGACUGCGCAGGAAUCAGGCUCAUGGGCCAACCUACCAUCACAAGAGCGAGCUCAGAACCUAUCCAACCUCUCCCACAUCGGUAUGUUGGCGCGGUUCGACAACAUCCUGGGCCGUGACACCAUCCGCACUCUCGUACGCCUCACCGCGCAUGCGCCGUAUGUCUUCUGUCAUCCAACACUGGUGGAACGGAUCGCGUCCAUGCUCAACUACUUCUUACUGCAUCUCGUUGGGCCUAAUAAGAAGAAUUUUAAGGUAAAAGACAUGAAAGAGUACGAGUUCGAGCCAGCCAGUACUGUGCUGGACAUCUGUCGCAUGUACGUGGAACUGGGCAGCAACGAGCGCUUCUGUGCCGCCGUGUCGGAUGACGGACGGUCGUACUCACCGCAACUGUUUACGUUAGCUGAAGCUGUAUUGGCUCGCAUCGGAGGAGGAGCUCUCAUAGGUUCGCUACGUGAAGUAGCCACGUGCGUAGAAAGGUUUGCAGUACAGCGGCAACGAGACGAGGAGAUACUUGCCAACGCGCCUGAGGAGUUCCUCGACCCCAUCAUGAGCACCCUCAUGAUGGACCCUGUUAUACUGCCCAGUUCCCGCACCACAGUCGAUAGAACCACCAUCGCGAGACAUCUUCUGAGUGACCAAUCAGAUCCGUUCAACCGAUCGCCGCUGUCUAUGGACCAAGUGAAGUCCAACACCGAACUCAAAGAGAAAAUCCUAGCAUGGAUUGCUCAACAGAAGCAGAAUAUUGCUCAAAACCCGACCAGUAACGAAUAGAAGACAAAUAUAAAUAGUUUUUUGUAUAUUUUACUAGAAAAGCUAGUAUAUUAAUGUAGGUUAUUUUAGUUAGAGAGUAGAUUUCGUAUUGAAGGCAAUACUAUACAUUAUAUAUAAGGGCCGUAGUUAUAAUUGGGAUGUUUGUGUGGUUUUGUGUCAAGUGAUAACAGUGUUUAAUGUAUUAUAAUUUCUUUAGUUGUGUUUCAAUUCUUGUAAAUUUUAGUUAGUCAUCCAAUUUUUGGCACAUAUCAUUUACAGUUAAUGUUCUCUAUUGUUUAUUAAGUACAUAUUCUAUUAUUUGUUUCAAGCGUUCAAUUUGUUUAUAUGCUAUUGUUAUUGAAUGAUGUCAUUGGGUGCAUUUUAAUUUACUAGGUGGGUACAGAUUUACAAUUAAAGUUUGUACUUUACUUUUAUUGUGAUAAAUUACUAUUUUCUGUCUAUGAUUUAGCAUAAUAAACUUAUACUAGAUAUAAUUAAUAUAUUUCUUGAACUCCAA